UUAUUCGCCUUCCAAAAUGCCCUCAAGACAAUAUAGAAAGAGAAAAGAACGUAGGGAGCGGCACCAAAAUUUAGGAGGACAUAUACAAAACGGUCCUCCUCAGGACCAGGGGGAAACCCCGGAUAUUUCUGUCCACCCAAACGAAGUUCCGCCUUCUGAAGUUCCUAAUCUUUCCCGUAAUGACUCCAUCCUCCCCAACGAAGGUCCUUACUUUACUUUUGACAACGUUUCAAUUAUUGACCAGUCCCAAGACACUCAUAUCCCUGACCAACCUCCUACUCCUACUACACCUUUAACCCCAUUCUCUUUGACAUCCGAGGCUGCUGUUCCGAGGAAGCAGAGGAAUAUACGAGAGUCCUCCAUUGACACUGAAAGUUUAAUUUCCUCUAUUGAUUCUGUUUCCAUUUGUUCAUCCCGUCCAUCUUCACCUUCUACUUCAUUUAAAAAUAAACGGGGUCGCCCAAAGAAACACACCCGGAAAGGAUCUGGCCGUAAACCUAAAACUCUUCCACAAGCUAAUCCAUCCGUCCCAAUUAUUGAUUUUUUCAACAUUCUUUUACUUAACUUCGUUACCCAAAAAACCAAUGACCCUAAUGCAAUAUGUAACCGAACCGAUAUGCCACUCCACCAUGACAAUCUUGAAAAUAAUCCCCUUCAUAUUGAAAUACUCUGGAAUAAUUUAACAGAGUGGCUAGAAGGCCAAGAUAUUUUUGGUUUUAUUUGCUUUCUUUCCCGAAAUGUAAACACCAACACUGUUAUAGUUGAUCCGCGUACUACUCUUCCUUUUGAUAUGAAUUAUGCUCAUAACCUUCCCGAUGAAGACUUUUUUGCCCGUUGUUAUGGUUUAGUUCAAGGCCAAUUACCUCAAGUCAUAGUAUUCCCACUUAAUUUUCCUGGCCAUUGGACUUUAGUCGUAUGGGAUGCGACUGAAAAUACUGCUUUUUACAUCGAUUCUACGUGCACUCAUCUCCCUUCUCGUAUCCAUGCCGAUGAAAGAGCUCCAAUUGUCAAAUCUUAUAUUACACGCAUAACCAAUAUUCCUAUAAAUGAUAUUAAUAUUGUCGAUUAUCCCCUUUCUCUUUAUACACACCAACAAGAUGGCUAUAGCUGUGGCUAUUUUACCUGUUUGUAUGCUGAAGCUUGGCUCUUUAAUAACCGUAAUAUGUUAUUUGAACCUUUUAAUAUUAACACCGAAAAAAAGAGAAUCCUUUGGCACCUUAACAAUCUUUUGACCGGCGAUAAUUUUGAAUAUCAUCCUCGUACACUAAAUAUUCCACAUGUAUUUCCUGAUAAUCCAACGUCUCACCCCAUACAAAAUAUUCAACAUAUAGUUCUUGAUGACCCACCAUUUCACCCCACACAAAAUAUUGACGAUGAAAUUCCUGAUGAAGGCGUGGUAGUUAACACUCAGCCUAUAAUUUUCUUAGAACCCGACCCUCCAUCGAAAAACCUGCGUCGCUCAGAACGGAUUAAAACAAAAUUGAAUGCUACACCAACCCCUACAACCUCUAAAGCUUCACCUAUUGUCCCUUCAAGUCCCUUAUCCCACCCAUUUGUCGAUAAAUGUAAUAAGAAACAUAAAAAAGACUUUCCCUGUGCUGAUGCUCGUGCAAGACAUACAGCUGUGUAUUAUGACUCUGGCAAUUUAGGUGAUGCCAUUUGUGAUUAUUGUAAAGCAUUAUUAUUUAAGUCUGAAGUUCACAAAACCCAUAAAUAUGCCUUUAAACGUAUUGCUUCAUCCUUUUGUUGUAAACUUGGAAAAGUUACUCUUCCUCCUUACACCCCUCAUCCCAAAUACUUGGUAGAUUUGUUAAAUGGAAAGUCAAAAGAAUCCAAAGAAUUUCUUAAAAACCAAAAUAUUUAUAAUACCCUCCUGGCAUUUGCCUCAAUUUCCUGCGGUCAUGAAGACUCUUCCCUAUAUGGAGCAACAUGUUUUAUGUUGAACGGAGAAUUUUCCCGUAUGCUUAGUUCAAUGUUCUCUGGCCAUUUAACUCCUUCUUUCUCACAAUUAUAUAUUCUUGACGCAAACGAAGCCCUUAAUUUACGCACCCAAAAUUCCCAAUAUGGUGGAGAUCGUGUCGACCCAUCAACCCUGAAAAAGUUAGAUCAAAUGCUUAGAGAUAACCACCCAUUUCCCAAGGUAUAUAAAAAUUUCCAUACUUUAUACAAAGAAACCCUCGAAAGGGAUGGCCCUGAUUCUGUGAAACAUUUCCGCUUAACUCUCAUAGAAGAACGAGAGGCCCCUGUUAUUAUUAGAGACCCUACUCAUCAUCCUCGACAAGUUAAUUUACCCGACGAAAAAGCAAUGUUUUCAAUUUGCACUGAAUCCGAUCAACCCCCAAUUAAAGGUAUCUAUAUUACUGAUCUUCAAGGUUCAUUAUUUGAAUUUCCCUAUUACCAUCCCCAUGUAGACUCUGCUACUUAUCCUUUACUUUUUCCUAACGGAGAUGAUGGAUUCCAUGAAAACUAUAAAUUUAAUAAAGUUACAAAAACUUCUAAUAAUACUAAUUUAUCUGAUAAUUCCUGCUCUGAUGACGAACUCGACCAUGACACACACAAACCUACUCUUUCCUUACGCGACUACAUCCGAUACCGUUUAGCUAUACGCAAAGACGAGCCACUUCAUAAUAUUUUUAGUGCAGGAGGUGGCCUUAGUCAAAAGUUCGUUCUUGACUACAACGCCAGAAUAGAUGCUGAGGUAGCAAGUUUCCUUAGAACUGAAGCCCUUGAUAUGAAGAAGACCCACAAAAAAAAUAUUCUCCAUCACAUUGCCCGAGGUGCUAAUGCCCAAUCUAUUGGAGAUAUAGGAAGUUUAGUCAUGUUUCGAAAAUAUCAUCCUGGCACACGUCCUUACUUUCAAAAUAUGUUUUACAAUGCUACCACCAUUAUGGCUCGCACACGUAAACCAGGUUGUGCUGCUUUUAUGCUAACCUUUACUUCUAAUCCCCAUUGGCCCGAAAUCAAGCGAAAUUUCCUCCGCCCAGACCAGAAACUGGUAGACCGUUUCGAUAUAAUUUGUCGCGUCUACGAAGAUAAAAAGCGUCACCUAACCCACCUUAUUAACAAAAAAAAUAUUCUUGGCAAAAUCCUUGGCUCAGCCCAAAGCCGUGAAUUCCAAAAGAGAAUUGGAGGCCCCCAUCUUCAUAGAGUGUAUUGCACUGACACAGAAGCAACCCCAGAUAAUAUCGAUGGUUUAAUCUGGGCCUAUAUUCCAACAGAACCACCACAUUCUGAUAAAUCAGAUUGGGCAAACUUCAUUAGAAAAAUUCGUGAGCUACUCCCAAAAUUCCAACUUCAUGACUGCGGUGCACACUGCAGAGGCAGUAAUGGCCGUUGUAAGAAAGGUUUCCCAAAACCUUAUUGCACUAAAACCAAACUCCACGCUAAUACGCCUGCAGAUUAUUAUCGCCCAAGUCCCGAAGAUGGUGGUGAAGUUUUAGAGAUUCCACGCGGACAAGCCACCAUUAAAUACACCAACUCUCAAGUUGUCCCUUAUAACCCAUUAAUCCUCGUAAUGUUCGAAUGCCAUCACAAUCUGGAAUAUUGCUACGGCCAGUCCGACAACCUCAAAUAUGCCCUCAAAUAUCCCUUUAAAGGUGCCAUGUUUUCUUAUGUAAAAACAGCUGCCGGCAAAAUUAAUGUCGACGAACCUGCCCAAUACGCUAAAAUGAUUUACAGGAGUCCUACUGAGGCUUAUUCACGUAUUGAAGGGCUUAAAUACGCUGAACUCUCCCAUGCUGUUAUUCCACUUAGCAUCCACAUGCCCGAUGAUCCACCUGUUAUCACAACUCCAGCAAACCGCAAACAAAAAAUAGCUGCUAUUGCCCGUGGAAAAGAUCCCGAGACCCAAUUAACUGCUUACUGGAAACUUUGGGCCAAUGAUAAGGCUAACCCUUCAAUCAAAAAUAUUUUAUUUGAACACCUUCCAGAAACCCAUGCCUUUCAUACAGAUGUGCAACAGUGGUUACCCCGAAAAAGGAAAACUGAAAAAGGAAAUCCCGUUAUCGGUCGUAUCUACCCGGUUUCCCCAAGAGAACAAGAGUUGUUUGCCCUUUAUGUCCUUACAAAACACUUCCCUGGUGAUCCCGACCACCUUCUUACCGUCAAUGGUGUUAAAUAUACAUCAUUUGCCGAGGCUGCAAGGCAGCAUGGACUUUUCGAAGACAACUCUGUCUGGGAACGCACUCUCAAAGAAGGUUCUCAAUCACUUAACCCCUCUCAGAUGAGACAGUUAUUCGUAAAUAUUCUUUCAUUCGGCUCAACCUCAUCCUGCCUUAUUGAUGCAUUACACCUUUGGAAUAUGUUUAUAGAUCAUAUGUAUGACCGUCGCCAUUGCACUGACGCUCAACGCCCCAUUCGUAUUGACAGAGCUCUUGCCAUUAUUGAAAGAUAUUUACUCUCUAAUGGUAAAACUAUGUCCCAUUAUAAUCUUCCAAAUCCUACCAAUUCCCUCACUGAUGACCCUGAUGCAGCAAUUGACAACUUCUUUUUCCCCCAACAUUUGAACGAUGACGAUACAGACGCAACUGUCGACACUUCUUCAUUUGACAGUGCCCAAUUAAACCCUGAACAACAAAACUUUUUUGACCUCAUUAUUAAUUCUGUUACAGAGGAUAAUUCCACCCAAAAACUCUUUUUCUUAUCCGGUGAUGGCGGCACAGGCAAAACAUUUUUAUUAAAUUUCCUCCUUUACCACUUGCGAAGAAACGGCAAAAAGGUUCUUCCUACUGCAUCUACCGGCAUUGCUGCCACCAAAUUUUAUGCCGGUGGCAUGACCUUACAUUCCGCCUUCCGUUUUGGUAUUGACCACGAACCUGGCCGCCUUCCCAGCGUUCCAUUCGAAAGUUUUUUCGGACGCCGAAUUAUUGAGAGCAGUGUUGUAAUUAUUGAUGAAAUUACAAUGCUCGAUAGGACCUUAUUCGAAAAUGUCGACGCCCUUUGCCGUAAAAUGAUUUCCCGAAAUAAGAAAAUUCCCUUUGGUGGCAAGGUUGUCAUCAUUAGCGGUGAUUGGAAGCAAUCACUCCCUGUUGUAACCGACACAUACGCCCCACAAGCCGCAGUGGCUGCUUCUGUCCAAAGUUCAACCCUUUAUAAUAAAUUCCACAAAACCCGUCUAAUGCAAAAUAUGCGCCUCCUCCCUUCCGAGAUUAGAUUCAAAGAAUGGUUAUAUAACCUUGGAACUGACACUUCUGGUAAUAAAAUCGCUAUCCCUAAAUCCAUGCUUGUAGAAACUCGUGAAGAGUUAAUUUCCUUCGUAUUCGACCAAGGCUUUAAUAUCCCAAGCAACCAACUCCUCACCAGACUUAUGCUCGCACCUACCAAUAGAUUAGUCGAUUUGAAUAAUGACCUCAUUCUUUCCUCUUUUAAUAGUGAAGCCAUGGACUAUUAUUCACUUGAUAAAUGUCUUACUGAAAACCCAUUAGAUCCUUAUGCCGCCCAACAAGACGUAUCUUAUCUAAAUAAUGAAACACCAAAAGGAUUUCCAGCCCAUCAUUUACACCUCAAAGUAGGAGCAAUUAUUGUUCUACUAAGAAACCUUAACACAAACAAAGGCUUGUGUAACGGCACCCGGCUUAUUGUUAAAAAACUUACCACUAAUUUAAUAGAAGCCGAGACAAUUAGUUUAUCUUCAACCCAAGGAGUAAUUGUUGGUAUUUCCCGAGCCCUCCACACUUACAAAGAUGAACGCCCUGAUGGAAUUAGCUUUGAACGCUUCCAAUUUCCCGUUCGAAUAGCCUUUACUAUGACCAUUACCAAAGCCCAAGGCCAAACCUGUGAGCGACUUGGAGCCGAUUUGUCCGAAGAACCUUUUGCUCAUGGCCAACUCUACACCCUCCUGUCCCGGUGUACUAAUAGUUCAAAUAUUCGUAUCUUUGCCCCAGAAAAAGAAACAGAUUCAGAUGGAAAUGUCCUAAUCAAAAACGUUGUUACCCCCGGAAUCCAAUUUGAUUAA